AACAAGCCAGUGUUCGAGUGUUAACAGUUAUUUUGUGACGACUAGGUACAGAAAUGAUUUCUCGAAUAUAGCACGAUUCCGCGUGCACGCCCAUUGCGCAGAUCCCUCCCCAAGGUUUUUGGAAGCACUAAGUAGUUUUCGGCUGAACUGUCUCAUGUCUCCAGUCUCUAAGGAAUUUAUGAGACCACAAGGAAGAUGAACCUGGUGCGCACACCAAAUCAAACGGGCUCUUUGGUUUUGACAAAUGACGAAGCAGUCAGCGCUGUGGGUUUCUCGACGCAUGAUUCUUAGAUAGCCUAACCUCUCUGAAGAUUAGUAGCCUUCCCUCAUGGCCGGAAUAGUGCCACUUUCGAAUCACUUCACGUAUCGUAAUAAUGAACUCUACUGCGAAGAUAUUCCAGUCGCAAAUCUGGCUGAAAAAUAUGGCACACCAUUGUACGUAUACAGUCAGGCAGCAAUCCUCAAGCAGCUACAGGCACUCCAGGAGGCAUUCUCUGAGCUUAAGCCAUUAGUCUGUUAUUCAGUAAAGGCAAACUCCAAUCUAUCAAUUCUUCGUUUAUUGGCGGAACAUGGAAGUGGAUUUGAUGUAGUAUCCGGUGGUGAGUUGAAGCGUGUCAGUGUCGCUGGAGGCCAGGCUAGACAAACUGUCUUUGCUGGGGUUGGCAAAACCGAUGAGGAGAUUGCUGCUGGCCUAACCGCUGGGGUCCUCAUGUUCAACGUGGAGAGCGAGGAGGAAUUGGAUGCUAUUGUCCGAGUAGCUCAAUCCAAAAGAAUCCAGGCACCUGUGGCUCUCCGUAUUAAUCCUGAUGUUGACCCUAAAACGCAUCGGUAUAUUUCGACAGGUCAUAAGGAGUCAAAGUUUGGCAUGGAUAUUCAACGAUCCUUAUUGCUUGCGGAAAAAUUCAAAGGCUCAGAAUCUAUAAAGAUGAUUGGCAUUCAUAUGCAUAUAGGGUCGCAGAUUACAACAACAGCCCCUUACAGCAGUGCAGCAGCUAAAUCUGUUGAUAUUAUUACUCGUCUGCGGGAAAUGGGCCACCCAAUUGACUGGUUUAACAUGGGUGGCGGCUUUGGAAUCAGUUAUGAUGGGAAGACGAGUCCAUCAAUUUCAGAAUUUGCUGCUGCUGUUGUACCCAGCAUAAGGAAAACGGGGUGCCGUCUAGUGAUGGAACCUGGUCGGGUGAUUGUUGGUAAUGCCGGCAUUCUUAUCAGUCGAGUAAUUUACACCAAGGUAUCGGGGGAAAAACGGUUUCUGAUCCAGGACGCUGCCAUGAAUGAUCUAAUCCGUCCAUCUUUAUACGAGUCGUUUCAUGGGAUUUGGCCAGUCAAAGUCCCUGCUGGCUUUCCUUCCCCACCGGAUGAUUUUGAAACAUCGCGUAUUAAUGGAACAAAGUUAUGCGACGUGGUUGGCCCAGUGUGUGAAAGCGGUGACUUCUUGGCUCAAGAUCGAGCUUUGCCACCCUUAAAUCGGGGUGAGCUCCUAGCCAUUUUUUCCGCCGGGGCAUAUGGAAUGACAAUGGCUUCCAACUACAAUUCUCGCCCUCGCCCUGCUGAGCUGUUGGUCAAUGGAUCAGGCGUUGUUGUGGCUCGCCGGCGGGAGACCUUUGAUGACUUAAUUGCCGAGGAGCUAAAUCCUCUUAGUUAAGAAAUUCGACUUACACAUAUACCGAAUUGAGAGAAAAUCCAGGGAAGAAAUGUGAUAAUUUCUUAACCCUCCUCAAGCACCGCAGCACAGAUUGCAAUAAAUUGCAAUUACAUGGUGUAAGUAUUGAUAUUUCACCCGAGUGUUGUGCAUGCUGCCUAUUUACUGAUCGCAGGAACACUUCUUAUUUGCAUUUUCAUUGCAUUGCACAUUGCCUAACUUUCUGACACAGGGAGAUCAUUUUCUUUAUUGUUUAAAAUCGCGUGGCAAUCAUUGACCAAAUUCUGUAAAAAUGUUGCAAUUUCAUUAAAUAAAAUUGAGAUUUAUCGAAAUUGUAUUUCAAUAUUUUCGUUGCAAUGUGCUACCUAAAUGUCUGGACUAUUACUCAUCUGUCUUCUCUCAAUUAUCCUUCACAAGAGCUUAUUUGCACCCUCCCCAGUUUCAAUCAAUAAAGGUUUAAUACACUA